GUAGCCUCAACAAACUAACCCUCCCGAAAUGUGCGGAAUCUUUGCCUACCUCAAUUUCCUGGCUCCGAAGAAGCGGUCGGAAAUUGUGGACAUUUUGGUUCAAGGAUUGCAGAGAAUGGAAUACAGAGGUUACGACUCUGCCGGUAUCGCCAUUGACGGAUCAAACGACAUCGAAAAUCCUCAUUCGAAGAUUGCUCUGCUCCGAAAGAGAGGAAAGGUGUCCGUUCUCAACGACUACAUUAAGGAGAACAAUGAAAAGCUCAACAUGGAUAUGGAAUACAAUAUUCAUUGCGGGAUUGCACACACUCGUUGGGCUACGCACGGAUCACCACGUGAUGUUAAUUCCCAUCCACAUCGCAGCAACGACAACAACGAGUUCCUUGUGGUUCAUAAUGGUAUCAUUACCAAUUAUCGCGAAAUCAAGGAGUAUCUCGAGAAGAAGGGACACAAGUUCGAGUCUGAGACGGAUACGGAAGUCAUCGCAAAGCUCACACAGCAUGUCCAUGAUCGUUAUCCCGACUUUUCAUUCCGUCAGUUAGUUGAGACGGUUAUCCAGCAGUUGGAAGGAGCUUUCGCUUUGGCAUUCAAGUCAUCGCGUUUCCCAGGACAACUUGUGGCUUCUAGACGCGGAUCUCCACUGUUGGUUGGUAUCAAGAGCAACUCAACUCUUCACACUAGCCAUUUCCCAGUCUCUUACUCGAAAGGACGCUGUUUUAUGUCGAACAACGCCACGCAUUUGCGCGAAGAGACAUCGUUCGUCGAGACUCCAAACAACAUUCUGGAUCUUUCAAUCGCUGUCAGAAAUCCCAGUGGAUCUGCAAAGCUGCCCGACAACAAUUCCACAACACGUCCGUUCGACUCAACCGAUUUUGAAGUUGAAUACUUCAUCGCCUCGGAUGCGGCUGCAAUCAUUGAACACACCAAGCAAGUUCUGUUCCUUGAGGAUGAUGAUGUGGCCUUCGUUGAAGAUGGAUCACUCACAAUUCAUCGCAUCUCUCGCCACGCUGACAGCGGCGAACAAAAGAGAGAAGUUCAGCUUCUCGAGUUGGAAAUCCAAGAGAUUAUGAAGGGAUCUUACAAGACCUUCAUGCAAAAGGAGAUCUUCGAGCAACCGGAAUCAGUUGUCAACACAAUGCGCGGACGUGUUCUCCCAUCGGGACAAGUUGUUCUUGGUGGACUUAAGGAAUACCUUCCAGCUAUCAAACGAUGCCGUCGCCUCAUCAUGGUUGCGUGUGGAACAUCAUAUCACUCUGCAAUUGCUUGCCGUCAGGUUCUCGAAGAAUUGUCGGAACUGCCUGUUGUCGUCGAACUUGCUUCAGAUUUCUUGGAUCGUGAGACUCCAAUCUUCCGUAAUGAUGUGUGCUUGUUCAUCUCGCAGAGUGGAGAGACGGCUGAUACUCUGAUGGCUUUGAGAUACUGCAAACCUCGUGGAGCUCUCACAAUUGGAGUUACCAACACAGUCGGAUCGUCGAUUGGUCGCGAAUCCCACUGUGGAAUUCAUAUCAACGCUGGUCCGGAAAUAGGAGUUGCUUCAACCAAGGCCUACACCUCGCAGAUUGUAUCACUUCUGUUGUUCGCACUCACCAUCUCGGAAGAUCGCAUCUCGAAGAUGAAGAGACGUGCAGAGAUUAUUGAUGCUCUCAAUAAUCUUCCAAUUCUGAUCCGCGAUGUUCUCGAUCUGGACGAUCAGGUACUGAAGAUCGCUGAGCAAAUCUACAAAGAUAAGUCACUUCUCAUUAUGGGACGAGGAUUGAACUUUGCCACGUGUCUCGAAGGAGCUCUCAAGAUCAAAGAGCUCUCGUACAUGCAUUGUGAAGGAAUCAUGUCUGGUGAACUGAAGCAUGGGCCUCUUGCAAUGGUCGAUGAAUUCCUCAGCAUCUGCAUGGUAGUAUGCAACGAUCAUGUCUACAAGAAGUCGUUGAAUGCUCUUCAGCAAGUUGUUGCGCGAAAGGGAGCCCCGAUCAUUAUUGCCGAUAGCAGCGUUCCGGAAAGUGAUCUCGCUGGAAUGAAGCAUGUUCUCCGUGUCCCAAGAACAGUCGACUGUGUUCAAAACAUCCUCACGGUCAUUCCUCUGCAGCUUCUCUCCUACCACAUUGCUGAGCUCAAUGGAGCAAACGUGGACCGACCACGCAAUUUGGCAAAAUCUGUCACUGUUGAGUAAGCCAAUCCGUCAACCACAUCCUUGCUCAAUGACUACUCACCGCCUUUCUCGUCUUUCCUGUUAAAUGAUGUUACUAUUUUGAUAAUUUCCCAUCUAAAAUGCUCCCUUUUAUUUAUUGCAUGAUCGAAGCAAACGAAAAUAAAUGUUUGUGCUCCA